GGCUGUUAUGUAAUCGCUGCAGCGCGGAGCGAAGUGUUUGACGUAGGCAAAGAAGGAGAGAGAAAGAUAGAAAGAGAAAGAGAGAGAACGAGAACGAAAGACAACGGAGAACGUCGCAGAAACUCGUUGACGUGUUGAAACUUCAGGAAAGUCCGUCUUUCUAUUUAACUCUUCGGGCCGGCUUAAGUGAGUCGUGUGCCACUCCGGGGGGAACGACCGCUUUCCCGUCCGGAGGCAAAAAAUUAGAAGGAGUCGAGGGUAAAACCUCAAUAUUCCCUAAUCGAGGAGAAGUUAAUUAGUCCGGCGGCAUCGAUGGUGCGCAGCCUAACGAUGGAGCAGACGUUCUACGAGGACGCGAGCGUCUACGGUGCGAUGAACGGUCGCGAGAACAGCGUGGUCCAACUGAAGCGGAAUCUCACGCUCGAUCUGAACGGUUGCCAGAGGCAGGGCUCGCAGGCGAAGAGGCCACGGUUGGGUCCGCUGCCACCCGCUCUGAACAACGUCACCCCGAUUCUAAGCUCGCCGGAUCUGAACAUGCUGAAGUUGGCCUCACCCGAGCUGGAGAAAUUGAUUAUGACGCAACCGGAUGGUCUGGUAACCAGUUUACCCACACCGACCACCCAGAUCCUCUUCCCCAAAGCGGUCACCGAGGCCCAGGAGUUGUACGCGCGCGGCUUCGUCGACGCGCUCAACGAGCUUCAUCACUCCGAUAGCUCGCAAGAACCCGGCAGCAUGCACGGUGCGACGUACACGACUUUGGAGCCGCCCGGUAGCGUGCAAAGUACAGAGUCCACUAUGAGCAAUCCCGGCCUGGUGCACGUCAAGGACGAGCCGCAGACUGUGCCGAGCGUGUCGAGCACGCCACCGAUGUCGCCGAUCGACAUGGAGAACCAGGAGAAGAUCAAACUGGAGAGGAAGCGGCAGAGGAACCGCGUGGCCGCCUCCAAGUGCCGACGGCGCAAGCUCGAGCGCAUCUCCAGGCUCGAGGACAAGGUCAAGCUGCUCAAGGGCGAGAACACCGAGCUGAGCGGCAUCGUCCACAAGCUCAAGGAGCACGUGUGCCGGCUUAAGGAGCAGGUCAUGGACCACGUGCACGCUGGCUGUCAGAUCAUGACCGUCAACAACCAGUUUUGAACCUCCCGAUCGCUCUCCCUCCCCAAUCGAGGAGGGAUGACGAAUGAGCCAGCCCUCGCCCCGCUCUUGGCCACCCCUCGAGGAUUCGCUGUUACUGUGCUCAUCAUCUUCUUGCCCCAUUGCGAAGGUAGUUUUCGCGAAUAGAACGAGCAGUGAAUUUUCUUACAACUACGGCCGGUGUGUUGGAUCUCCUUUUUUACGAUUCCAAUCGAAAAGGAAAUUCUCGGUUGGCGCCAUAGACUUAUCGUUCGGGAACGUCUCUCUUCUUACCUCAACCACACGAAUUCUUUGUUUUUUUUACGAUACCAAAAAGAAAAAAGAUAAAGUUCAAUCAUGUCUUUCGAUAUCACCAAGGAAUUGAGGAGAGACAGAAGAGGCAGUAUCUUCGACGAGCGCAGGAUAAUUCCAUCAUCCUGAAGAAGGAUCUUCGUAAAGAAGGAAGGGAGAAAAGGAGCGAGUCCAUCGUUCGCAUCACGUUCGCUGUUUUCUCUCUUAGCUCUUUUGUGACAUGAUCGGGGAGGAGACGAUCGUACAACGAGGCAAGAACAGUAAGCAGCAGGCGGAGCAGGAGAAGAAGGAGGAGAAGGUGGUGGUGGUGGUGGUGGUGAUGAUCGUGGUGGAGAAGGAGGAAGGAGUGCCUUCGUACACAACGUGAAACGUAAAGGAUGCUUUUAGGAGAGUGGCAAGCGUGCGCGCGUGCGUGUUGCGCGAAAGACUUUACACGCACGAGCACGCUCGGCGACAGGCGAAUGCGUGUAUCAUAUGCGAGAGAGAAAGAGAGAAUGGAUGUAACAGGAAGAAAAUGUAUGCAUGCACAGAGAGAGAGAGAGAGAGAGAGAGAGAGAGAGAGAUCGCGCGAGGUAGCACGAGGGGGAGUAUCGCGGCGGCCAUUUUGGAGAACGCGAGAGAACCGGCGGGAGAUUCAAAGCUAUCGAAAGUUGUCCAAGUAAACACCAACUAACAACAGUAUAAAUAUUAUAAUUUCAUCCUCAGUAAUGUAACUGUUAUAUACAACAUGUGUCAUGUUAUGUCAUCAUACAACAUGUCACAUUUAUCAAUCGAGAGAUUAUGUUUAUUUUUUACUGAAUGCACUUUCGCGAGACUGACUCGAGCAUUCCGCUAGUCUUGUAAACUUCUACCUUGGUGCAUACAAAAUUUCACAUUAUAUAUAAUGUUACAUUAUCUUCAAUGUGAAAUUAUAACAUUGAUGUUACGUUACUAUUGGUGUUUACUGAGUGAAGUUUUUUUCUUUCCUCCAUCUUUCUUCCCUUCGUUAUCGAACAAACAAUCGUCAUUCAACGAUUCGCUCCGUUUUCAAAUUUCAGGAAGGCUUGAAAUUUUGCGUCCAGGAACAAGAUCGAUAAGAAUAGCCAUUAAAUCGAUAGAAAGCGAAGGGCUCCUUCUUUCUUUCUCGGCAGUGAACGGCAGUGCCGAUUUUCUUCUCUACGCGGACUCGCAUACUCGGUUCGCUUAUAUAAUUUUGAUAUGGGACAUGUUCGCUUUUCUAGUGACAUAAAUCAAGUUUCGAAAAUUGUUCCUUUGACACAAAUACACCCCCGAAUACGCUCGAGGUGAUUUUUAAGCCUCGUGCCAAGUUGCGAGGAUCGAUUUGUCGAGUAUCGACGAUCCCCGCGUUCAUCGUCGGCUCUUUUUUUUCGAUGCGAAUGAGGGAGAUGACUGUGUAUUUUUGCGAAUCAAUCAAAACGAGAGAUUCUCAUCUUCGGAACCGGAAGGAACCACGCGACCGAUUACAUGUGAUAAACGCAAUCAAAUCGGGAGAUCACGUUUGCCUUUUAUCGAAUGCACUUUCGCGAGAGAGACUCGAGCAUUCCGCUAGUUUUGGAAACUUCUACACUUUUGGUGCAUAUAAAAUAUUGACAAAUUAAUUAAUUCUAAGGAGUAAUAUAUUACGGUGCUGUACUAUAGCCGCGCAGAAACGUGCAUUAGGGCAGUUGUAAUAACGUAUUCUAACGUAUCGGGCGACAGAAUCGAUCGACUAUCGAAGUGUCGAA